GCCCAGAGCUGAGGGAAGGAGAGGGGAGCAGAGGCCUCAGGGCCAGGCCGACGACCAUGGGCUGGGCCCGCCUGGCCUUCCUGCUGUCCCUGCUGUCCCUGCUGCUGCAGACUGACUACACCUUUGAUCGAGAUAGAGAUUUAUAUGAAGAAUGCGGCCGCUCCAAGCUGAGGCCCCGGGAUUUUGGCAUGGAACCCAGGCGUGGGCGCUGGCCGUGGCAAGCUAGCCUGCGCUAUAAGGGCAAGCAUCGGUGCGGUGCCACGCUCAUCCACUCGGAAUGGAUAAUAACAGCUGCCAGCUGCUUCCAGUUGUCCAAUAACACUUGGGAUUACAGCGUGAUGAUUGGCUCCAUCUAUGCCUACCCAACCACUCGGUUCCUGGCCACGUUUCUACAGCACCAAGAAUAUUUCCCCAGGGUGACUAAAAUCGUUAUUAGGUCUGAGUACAUUCCUUACCAGUUUGGGGACAUUGCCUUAGUAAAGCUGAGCCAAAAAAUCCCAUACCGGAGAAAUAUUUCGCCCAUCUGCAUCCCACUAGGACCCUGGGAAUUGAAAAUAAUCAGACAGUGCUGGAUAACAGGAUGGGGAAAAUUUGGAGGAUCCCAAGCCCUAGAAGGUUCCCUGGAACUUCGGGAGGGAAGAGCAAAAAUCACUGACUUAGACAAAUGUGAAAACAUCUAUGGAGACAUGGAUCACUCUACUGACUCUGAAAGCUACCGGAAUGAUGUACUUUGUAUACUUAUGCCUUUGUAUCCAGCUGAAAGAUGCGUGGGUGAUCAAGGUGGCCCCCUAAUAUGUCGGAUUCAGGAUAUCUAUUACCAGUUUGGGAUCAUGAACUGGGACUAUGACUGUAAGCCAGGAAUCAAGGCCAAGACUUUCACCAGUGUUGCCCUCUACAGUGCCUGGAUUGAGAAAACAAUCAACAGCCCCACCACCACCUUGAGUCCAUUCAGAUUCCUUCUCCUUGCCUUGCUUCUACUCCAGGCUCUUCUAGGACCCUUCUGAACAGGGUUUUGUUUUUUUUUCCUCCUUAAAGCUUGGCUAAAUAUGGUCAUAUUCAGGGCUCUUACCUCCUUUACUCAUCUGAAAAGAUAUAUGAGUCUCUAGUUCCUGGGAUAGGGACACACAUACCAGGUUCAGAGAAAUAAGUGGUGAAAGUGGGAGUGGGGAUGGGGAGAUUCUCAGGACCAUUUGUCUAUUUGCCAGGAGGUCCUUUUGGAGAACUUACAAUGGCAAUAAAAUGUUAUUGAUUUCAGCAUUGAUUAUACUGUUGAUAAUUUCCUAAGAGGGGCAGAAGUUAGCAGAAUUCCCAAAUCUGAGGAGAAAGCAAGGUGUCAGUGCUGAGAGUUUUGGGAGGGGAGUCUAAGACAAAGCUGUAUGAUGGCCAAGCAAGAGUAUUGAAAUUGGGGCUUUUACAAGAUGACCCAGGAUUCAUUUAGGAAAAGAGUUUCAUUCCAAAAUACUUUCAAAUAGACCUUGUGUUAGAAGUUAGAAAAAUUACCUGACUGCAAAGCUAGAACCCCAUCUGAGCUUUUGGCACUGGAUUUUGAAGAUACACAUGGGCAAAAAUAUCACCAUUGUAGCUAGAGGGUGGGAAGCAAACAGGGAGAAAGUGAGAGAGUAGAAGAGAGAAUAGAGAGAGUAAAGGAAAUUUGGUCCCACUUCUUCUCUUUCCACUAUGACAAGACCAAACAAAGUAACGAUGAAGCUUCUUUUUCCUCCUCUACCUACUUCAUUCUCACACUGUUCCAUAGCAUGCCAGCCAUGAUCUGAUUCUCCGUUUUGAAAGAAAAGGUGGGGAGCUGCAAGUAGCAAGGAAGAUGACUAUGGACAGGACUAUAGGCACAUGGAAGAAACUGGACAUAAGCAGGGACUCCCAGGAAAAAAGAGCUGAAAAGGGGACAAAGUUGGCAGAAAUGAAAAGUUGGGGAGGCCAGGAUGCAUGGCAGGUGUUAAAGAUAGUGAGAAGAUAGACUUCUAAGGGGGAAAGUAUGGGGAGUACUGGAAAGAAUUCUCCUGGGCCAAUCCUACGAAUAAUCUCAGCAGAUCAAUGGAAAAUCAACUUCAAAGCAGAUCAACUACAGGAAAGCCCUGCCUGUUGAACAGGAGCCAAGAGCCUCCAGAGAACUGGUUCAGUUCAGUCUGCGCCAACCUAAACAAAUGUUCUUUCCAGGAUGGCUUCCUACUUUACUAUAAUCUGAUCAUGAGAUUUCUAGCCAGCUAGGUGUCUUGGAUUCAGAGAUCUGCUGUACUCCAGUCCCUAAUUACUUGCUGUACCACUCUUGUCUGUGGGGACCCUGGUUCCAAAUAAAUUUCAUUCCCCAAUAAA